UUUUUUGUUUGUUUGUUUUUUCUUUGUUGGUUUUUUUUUGGGGGGGGUGGCGAAAUAAUACUGAAUGAAACGAGAAAAAGUGGUUGUAUUACUUGUUCAAAAUUAAAGAGGAAGGGGGAAGAAUUGUAAGAAAUACAGUUACAAAAGUGGACAAAAGGCCACGCUUGGGGUGAGGCGGUACAGCCAAAUUCCAGACCCUAAGUUUAGCUCAGUGCAGUGCCAGGGUGAACGGUUACGCGGGGAACCAGACACCUGGCCCCGGGAGGCAGGCCUUUCUUUGCCCCUGCAGUGCAGGGUCAGCCUAGGUCAGCAACUGGGAGUGGAGCCCAGCUAGGCUUGUGCGCUCACCUGUCCCGGACAGUUUCCUUCUGCUGACUGGGUCAUCCUGGGGUGGCCUAGAGAGGCCGAGGAAGGGAGGGGGGGGGUCGAUAGAAGGGAAGUCCCCGGCUGGGGUGGUGGCUCUGGGAGCUCAGAGAAAGGGCACCGCCCGCCUCCCUCCACUCCCAGCUGGUGCACCCUCGCUCAAGUCUCAGCUUGCCGGCGGCAGCCCCGCCCUUCCUCAUCCAGUAGUGCUCGGGAGCCCAGCCCAGCCUGGAGCGUCCCGUAGAGUCCAGGGGCCUCCCCAGCGCCGCAAGACUUGGAUGUACCAAGGGCACGGAUGGCGACCGUGGGGCCCCGGACCGGGCCGAACGCAGGGGCCGAAGCGCUGGCUCUGGCGGCAGAGCUCCAAGGAGAGGCGACGUGCUCCAUCUGCCUAGAGUUCUUCCAGGAACCGGUGUCGGUCGAGUGCGGCCACAGCUUCUGCCGCGCCUGCAUCACGCGCUGCUGGGAGCGUCCCGCCGCGGGGACCGGCACGGCGACCCGCACGCUGCCCUACCCACUGCCCUGCCCGCAGUGCCGCGAGCCCGCGCGCCCCAGCCAGCUGCGGCCCAACCGACAGCUGGCCGCGGUGGCCUCGCUGCUUCGGCGCUUCAGCCUGCCCCCUACGGUCUCGGGGGAGUGCGGGACCCCGAAGGCGGCGGCCGGGGCGGCGGCCGCGCGCUGUUCGCAGCACGGAGAGCAGCUUAAGCUCUACUGCCAGGACGACGGACGUGCCAUCUGCGUGGUGUGCGACCGCGCCCGCGAGCAUCGUGAGCACGCGGUGCUGCCUCUGGAGGAGGCGGUGCAGGAGGCCAAGGAGCUGCUGGACUCCAGGCUGAAGGCCUUGAAGAAAGAACUAGAAGAGUAUGAAGUGUUCCGGUCUACGGAGGAGACGGAGAGCAAGGAGCUUCUGAAGCAGAUGGUAGCCGAGAAGGAGAAGGUGGGGGCCGAGUUCCAGGCACUUCGGGCCUUUCUGGUGGAGCAGGAGGGUCGGCUUUUAGGCCGCCUGGAGGUGCUGUCCCGGGAAGUGACCCAGAAGCAGAAUGAGAACAUGGCGCAGCUGGAGAAUGAGAUCACUCAGCUGGCCAAGCUCACCAGCCAGAUCCAGGAGACAGCUCAGAAGCCGGAUCUAGACUUCCUCCAGGAAUUCAAAAGCACACUAAGCAAGUGCAGCAGUAUGCCUGGCUCCAAGCCAACCACGGUCUCAUCGGAGAUGAAGAAUAAAGUGUGGAAUGUUUCCCUCAAGAGUUUCAUCUUAAAAGGAUUGCUGAAGAAGUUCAAAGAGGAUCUCCGGGGAGAGCUGGAGAAAGAGGAGAAAGUGGAACUCACUUUGGACCCGGACACAGCCAACCCCCGCCUCAUCUUGUCCCUGGAUCUGAAGAGCGUGCGCCUAGGACAGCGUGCCCAGGACUUGCCUAACUAUCCCCGCCGCUUUGAUACCAACACCCGCGUUCUGGCGUCCUGUGGCUUCUCCUCGGGGCGACAUCACUGGGAGGUGGAAGUGGGCUCCAAGGAUGGCUGGGCCUUCGGUGUGGCCCGCGAGAGCGUGCGUCGCAAGGGCCUCACGCCCUUUACCCCCGAGGAGGGCGUCUGGGCCAUGCAACUCAACAACGGGCAGUACUGGGCUGUGACCAGCCCUGAGAGGACGCCCCUCAACUGUGGCCAGCUGUUGCGGGUGAGGGUGGCGCUGGACCUGGAGGUGGGGGCGGUGUCCUUCUACGCAGUGGAGGACAUGCGCCACCUCUACACCUUCCGCGUCAACUUCCAGGAGCGAGUGUUCCCUCUUUUCUCGGUUUGCUCCACUGGCACCUACUUGCGAAUCUGGCCUUGAAGAGCUGUCUGGCUUCCUAGGAGGGGACAGGGCAGCCGCGGGGGCCUAAGACAGAGCUACUCCAUCUUGGACCUUCCCUCCACACCCCUAACCCCGGCUGCCCUAGCGGGCUAUCACAGAGCUCACAACCGAGGCGCUGAAAACCGAAGAAAGAGGUGCUGUGGGUAACGAACUGCACAGGGAAGAGACAGAUGCCUUGGACCCUCAGUGGCUGCUCCCCUUGGCCCCCUUCCUGUAAUGUUCCUGCAAAUUGUAUCUGAACUAUGAAGAGGUGGUCGCCCACUUAGGACAAAAGCCCAGCUCUUAACAAGGAUGCUUCUAACCACACGAGCUUACCAUCUUGAUUUAAAAGGGUCCCUGUGAGCCAGAGCAAUGUCAAAGACUGGUACCCUCGCAAAGGGUUGUGGUUUGGCCCUGGAGCCAUCAGGUUAUUACUUUACAUUUGUGGCAGCUGCAGACUCUGCCUAGAGAGGUCAUCGAGUCCUCCGGAUCCAGCUGGCCAGGCUAGGUUGUUUAUUUAGGGAGGAACACUGUAGCUCCGGGCUCAGGAGCCGGUCUAACCAGAUCUGGAAGGAAACUCUUGACCUACACGAGAGGCCUGGACGACAGUGUACAUACAUACACACACAUGUGCAUUGCACUUCUCCAGCACUCCUUAGCCUGAUACGAUGAUAUCCUUGACCACAGUGACUGGCAACAUGUCUGGUCACAGGUGCCUUAAGCCUCACAUUUUUCAUCAGUAUACGGUCUCCUUUGGGUAAGGAGAUCAAAGAUUCUGGAAUUGUGAAACACAAUUUGAUAUUUAGGGGUUUGCAGAUGCAACCUGCACCAAUGUCGAGACAGCAUAAACAGUCCUGACAAACCCUUUCUGGAACUUACUAACUCUAUGCAAACAGCAGAGCAUCCUGGUGACAAGGGUUGCUGCGUGUCUGCCCCCUCCUUAUCCUCUUGGCUGGCUAUUGUUCCAUAGCUUCCACAAAGCUAUGCUUCUGGAAGGGCCGCAGUGGGCUGUUUCUUGCUUAGUGCUCCCCUGGGAAGGGGCAGAAGGGGCAGAAAUACAGAUUUUGAGCACAA